CGAGAUUAUAACAUUUGUCAUACCUUUCUCAAAGAUAGAAUUUCACUGAGUAUCUCCACUUUCAAUUCUAGAUCAGGAACUGAGAACAUAUCUAAAUUUUCUAGUUUUAUAGAAGACUUUUAUCCACAAGAAUCAAGAUCUUCCCUCUCUGAACAGGAAUCCUUUGUGCUUUGAAGACUUUAGAUUCCUCUCUGAGGUAGACGUGCACUUACAAUUAUUUGAUGGGGUGGAUUCGUGGUCGGAGGCCUCGACACAGCUUAGAGAUGAGUGAAUUUCAUAAUUACAAGUUGGGUCUAGCAAAGAGUGAUUUUUCAACACGAUGCCAAAAGCAAAGAUGUCCAGUAAUCAAAAGCAAAUGUAGAGAAAACGCAUCUCCACUUUUUUUCUGCUGUUUCAUUGCUGUAGCUAUGGGAAUCCGUUUCAUUAUUAUGGUAACAAUAUGGAGUGCCGUAUUCUUAAAUUCAUUAUUCAACCAAGAAGUUCAAAUUCCCUUGACUGAAAGUUACUGUGGCCCAUGUCCUAAAAACUGGAUAUGUUAUAAAAAUAACUGCUACCAGUUUUUUAAUGAGAGUAAAAACUGGCAUGAGAGCCAGGCUUCAUGUAUGUCUCAAAAUGCCAGCCUUCUGAAAGUAUACAGCAAAGAGGACCAGGAUUUACUUAAACUGGUGAAGUCAUAUCACUGGAUGGGAUUAGUACACAUUCCAACAAAUGGAUCUUGGCAGUGGGAAGAUGGCUCCAUUCUCUCACCCAACCUACUAACAAUAAUUGAGAUGCAGAAGGGAGACUGUGCACUCUAUGCCUCAAGCUUUAAAGGCUACAUAGAAAACUGUUCAACUCCAAAUACAUACAUCUGCAUGCAGAGGACUGUGUAAAGAUGAUCAACCAUCUCAAUAAAAGCCGGGAACAGAGAAGGGAUUACACCAGCGGAAACACUGCCAACUGAGACUAAAGGAAACAAACAAAACAGGACAAAAUUACCAACAACUGUCAGAUUUCUUAGAGUCCACAGGACCAGACCAUAGAACAAUUUCACUGCAAACAUGCAUGAUUCUCCAGGACAAAGGAAGAGAGAUCCCAAAGGCAAUUCAGAUAUCCCCAAGGCUGCCUCUCCCACCGUAAGCCCAGAGUGGAUGGGCUGGGGGAGGGGUGCUGUUUGAAUUUCUAAAGGUAGGACCAACGCCCAGGGGAUCAGUGAAGGGCGAGAAGCCCAGCAGAUCCCUGAGAGUGCAACCCCCACCUCCACAGGAAACUGCCUCAUAGGCAGGGCCAUAGCAGAGGGACACAGCAUGGGCAGUGCCUUCCCUGCCUCUGGGGGGUCAUGCUGCCACUUUUAAUGGGUCCUCUACCGCCCCCAGCCACUCUGGGUUGGAUUAGUGGUCCGUCCCUGGGAGGUGAUCAAGCUCCCCUUUGUCCCUAUGGCACAGGCUUUCCUGCCUUGGGCCUUUACUCCUUACCGCAGUUCCUGAAGUGCUGGUAUUGUCCUGCAGCCCCGUCCCGUUGCACUGCCAGGCAGGGUGCCAGCACAUGGGGAGAGCCGGUCUCCAUCCGGGUGAAGCUCACCUGCAGCACACCUUGCAUGCCGGGUCUCCCCUGGCCCUGGGGCUCUAGUACCGCAGGCAAAGGGGACAGUAAAUCUGUCAUCUCCAAUCCCGGGUGAGCCCCCAGAAAUGUAGUGCGAUAGAUAAGAAAUCAGAAAGACCCAGGGGUUGAGGAGGAUAUUUAUUAUUUAGGUGCACUGGACCAGUCAGAUUAACAUCCAAAGGACUGAGCCCUGAACAAAGAGUCAAGUUACCUUUUAAGCAUUUCGUGGGUGGGAGAAGAUUUGUGCAGGGGGAAGCAUAUUACAGAAACAAGAAACAAAGACAGUUAUUCAAUUGAGACUUGCAUCACACCAUUUCUUACUUUUCAAGGAAAAGCAUGCUUUGCGACUUGAGUUUAUCUGUCUAGUGACCUUGCAGCUGCACAGCUAGAGAAACGGGUUUUCACAAUGCCUGGGAAAGGGAGAGAUAAGGCUACUAGCUACAGAAAAACAGGCAGUUAAUUUUAAAGGACUCCAACUCUUUUUCUUCCUCAGGGGGAAUUAGGUUUUCUUGCAUACAACUGAGUUUUUGCUUACACAUUCUUUAAUUUAUUUUGAUUCCUGUUCCAUGCCUACCACCUAUGCUGCUGUUUUCCCCUCUCCUUCCCGUUCCCCUAGGGGAAGGACCGCAGCAGUGGAGCUAUUCUUUCUUCCCCCAAGAAGAAAGGAAAGGGGGGUUCUGAAUAUUUUUCUUACUACCAGAGGUUUGUGUGAGGUUCAACCCCCACCCCCACACAUGGGGAUUCCUCACCUCUUUCUGAGGUUCAACACCCGCCAUGGGGAUUCCUCACCUAUUUUUAACCUCCAAGACAUCCUGACUAAGGAAUACUUCACCACCCCCGCGGUUUCUCUCCUUGGUAUGUCCUAACUAAGGAAUGCUUUACUGUCCUGCGGCAUUUUCUAUUUUUUUUUUUUUUUUUUUUUUUUUUUACCCCCAAUCACUGAGGCAAUACUUUACUGGCUCCCGCAGCUGCUUCUUUCUUGGUCUGUGCACAGUCAUCACCGCAGUAUGUAAGGAUCCUUUAAGCUAGAUUGCUGGCCAGUUUCUUUCUUUCUUUUCUUUUCUUUUCUUUUUUUUCCUCUCUGUGUUGCUGAGAGUCCGGGUUUAUUCUUCACACCAGGUGGGUCUCAAUUUCUCAUACCUGAGGGCCCCUUCAAUGAGGUAGGGGAGCGCAUUCCCUCAUCAGAGAGGACUGGAGACCACCCCUGGAAGAGAAUGUAUUCCCAUACGGUUUGCCUCCAAAUUGUUUGAAAUGCUUGUUUCCCAGUGCUAUAAACAGCACUUGAACAUAAGUUUAAUUUAUUUAGUAAGGCCAUUUUUUGUACUUCCUGCAGAAAGGGUACACACGCCAGCAGUUUUGCCACGAGUGUACACCGAACGAAGGAGACAGGGUCAUUUAUAACCUGUCGCAUCCACCCUACUGCUGUAACCGGUUUCCACUGGCUGGAACAGGACCUCGCAUUCUGUAUUUGUCCCGAUUGGCUAGCAACUUAGAACUUUUUAAAAGUGGCAAAGGUGGAGGAGAACAAAGGAAGGAGGAAGUAACUUGUGGAAUGCUGAGAAAGGUAAAAACACUUUUAAAUAAGGAAGAGGAACAGGCUAUGACCUAACGCUUGCUUGGACCAGUAUAAGCACACCAGGACAAAUAUUUAGGAGCACAGGUCUUUGAAUAAAUUUUGCUUCUAAGAAAAGUUACUAUUUAUUCCUAAUUAGAUAGGGAAGAAAGUCUUUGAAGAGCAACCUCUACUUUACUUUUUACAGAAUAAAUGCAGGCGAAAAGAACACAAACUUGGCCAGGGGCAGAAUGUUAUGGACAGAAUGUUUCUGUUCCCCUAAAAUUCAUAUUUGAAAUCCUAACUCCCAAUGGUAUGGUAUUAGGAGGGGGCCUUUGGGAGGUAAUUUAGGUGUGAAAGUUGAUUAUAAGAAUUGAGUAAUUCUGUUUUUAUGUCUACUUCUUCUUUGUCUAGCAUCAGGAUUGCAAUCCCUUUCUUAUUGCUAACAAUUUGUCUUGUAAAUCUUUGUUCAUUAUUUUACUGUGGUAUACUAUUACCUCUCACAGUUCAACUCCUGUUGCAUACCAACUUUAUUAUUUUCUUUUUGGCGUUUGUGUUCUUGUUUUUAUGAUUGUGUUAGAAUUUCUAAUUCAAUUUGCGGCAUUUACUACAUUUUUCAUCUGCUUAGUGAUUGUUUCCUUUUUUGAGUGAGUGACUUUUCAUAAGAAAAAUAUUUUAUUUACAUGAUUUGAACUUUUGAGGUUUCAUAUAAAUAUGGUUUGAUUUUUCCUAUUCCUGUUUCGUGGACAAGGAUCCUAGUUAGAGAGCUCCCUCUUCUGUCAGUUCUGUCCUAUUCAGCAUAGCAUCUUCUACGGGUGGUGGUGAUGAUGGGAGUAGGAAGGGCAAAUGAUAGUCAUGUCUUUUUUCUCUUUCCUUUCUGCAGGAUUCUUAAGUUCCUCAAAUUACUUAUUUACUUUGAUAGUCACAUUUGUAAGAAGUGUCACCCCUUCUUUAUUUUCCACUUCUCUCCCAGAAACCAUUGCUUUCCUUUCCAAGUUUCCCACUUCUGGUCUUGCAUUUCAAGCCUUUUCCCAAUACGGUGAACUACCAAGUCCCAAAUUGUGUUAAGUACUCUGACAUUUAUUGUUGAAGUUUUAUCUUUCAGGGUUUAUUGCAUCUGUGAUUCAUUUAUGUCCUCUAGUCUUCUCUUCUGAGUAUGUUGAAGACUGAUCUCCCUACCCUCCACCGCAGGUGUUCAGAGGUAGGCAGGAGCAAGUGUUCUUCUGCAAUUAUUUUUCUCUAUUUAUAGGUAAUUUGAAGGUUGUGGUACUCUAUGUCUCCUAGAGAUGUUGAAAGAGUAAGGUAUUAUGUGGUUUUAUUUGCUUUUCUUAUUGAUUUUAUGAGUUUGGGGGAGAGAUGGGAGAUAUUUGGGAUUAGGCAACCGUCUCUGCAAUGUGAGAAACUGAGAAUUUACUACUGUUAUUUGUUAAAGUGCCCUUUCUCUUAAAUCCUUACUCUGAAAUCUAUUUCAUACUUCAAACCAGUUGAAGGCUGUAUGGAAGACUUAUUAUAAGCUCUCAAUAAAUAAGAAUUCUAAAGUGUUAACCUCAGGUGACUAUGUUCUUAAUGUACAUGUGUACUUUCUUGUAGCCUGUCUAUGUAAUUUAUUUAGUGUUUUAACAAACAGCUGUCACCUAUGUUGGCUGAAAAUAAUGCAAGUCUAACCAUUUUCAUGUUGGAGCAAUUAAAACCAUGCAUGCAAAAAUAUUACAUUGGAUUUUACAAUAUAUGUGCAUCAUAGCUAGAAACACUUCUAAGAAUCGAGAAAACCUCAGUUAGUGAGUAGAAAAUAUCAGAAAGCCUACUUAGCACUAUAUGGGAUUGUGUUGUCAUAGCUCCUACAGGAUGUUUGAUGGCAUUGUGUACAGUAGUAUUUGUUCUCUCCGUCAUGAGAUAACUCCAGCCACAAUUUUUUCCAUUUAUGCAUGGUAAUGUUUUGUCUGUUUAAGAUGCAAUUACAUUUCAUUGUAUUGUAUUCCAAUUUAGAAAUACAGCAAAUGUUUAUAUAUAUAUAUUAAAUUUAAAAUAUAUACAUAUACGUACACAUAAAUUAUAAAUAUGUAUCUUAUUUUUAUAUAUGUAAAUUAUUUAAAACAUGGUGGAGUAAAAUUAGCAAGAUGACAGAGUGGGAAGCCCUGAUCUCUUCUCUCUCUACAAACACGCCAAUUCAACUAAAAAUUCAUAGACAAAUUUUCUUUGUGAGAAUUAAGAAGCCAGUUGAGAUUCUCCAAUGCUGUUGGUGAAAUUACUCAUGUUGAAGCUUUAGGAAAAUCUAAGGCACACUUCUUCCCUAAUUCUUACCCCCAGCACAGUGCCAAAAAAGCAGGAAAAAACUCCCUAGCUCCAAGCUUUGCUCUUGGUUAAUAAAUGAUGGAUGGCAUGUCCAAUUCCCCAAUUUUUCCAGGGGCUACUCCUAAGAUUGGCUUCUCUCUAGCCUGUCUCAGUGUACUGAUAGAACCAAGCAUAGCCUGGCUGCCCGGGACCAGCAAGAACAUAGGUGGUGGGGUGAGCUGGCAGUUUCAUAGCACUGUAGUUCCUCUCCUUGGAUCAACAUGAGUGAGUGGACCAAAGCCUUCAGCUCUCAGCUUCUCCUUGGGGGAAAAAGUUGAACUAAACAUCUGAUAAUCCGUAUUUUCUGGAGAUUGCCUGAAGAGCUAGCUCUGUUUAUCUCAGAGCACUCAGAGGACCUGGGAUAUUCUAGGUGCCUGGGAUCUACUAAGAAAAAAAGAAAACCAGUUGGACUAGCAUGUAGGUUGAAGAAGACUGCAAAAAUCCCUUGCCGAAUAAUAACUAAAAGACAACAAAAAAUGCCUUUACUGAUAUUAUAAAAAAA